UCCCCUGAGUCCUCCAAGCCUCCCCUGAGUCCUCCAACCCCUCCCCCGAGUCCUCCAAGCCUCCCCUUUGCCCCUCCCCCUCAGCUUUGCCCCUCCCCCCGCCCAGGUCCUCCUGCCCAGCGCCGCCAUGAUGAGCCCCAGCGAGAGCCGGGCCGGGGUGGGGGAGGGGCAGCGCCGGGUCCGCCUCUUCGGCCCCGAUUCGUUGGUCAAAGGUCCGGCCCAGGGCACGUGGGACCGCCUGAGGGUGGUGCUGAGUCAGCCAUAUUGCCAGAGUCGCCCCUACGGCCUCUCGUUCGUCCGAGUGUUCGCGGCCCCCGAGGAUUCCCGCAAUGCUGCCGGCUCCUCCCCCCCCUCGAGGCCCCGCCCCGUUUCCUCAGGCCACGCCCCCGUUCUGGGCGGGGUCACGCUGGUGCUGAGCGGUUUCCAGAACCCUCUGCGGGGGCGGCUCCGCGCGGCCGCGCUGGAUUUGGGGGCGCGGUACCGGCCGGACUGGACCUCGGACAGCACCCACCUGGUGUGCGCGUUCGCCCGGACCCCGAAGGCGGCGCGAGCCCGGGAAGGGGGCGGGGUCGUGGUGAGCCCUGAUUGGAUCUGGGACUGCCAGAGGGAGGGGCGGAGACUGCCCUGCGGACCGUACCUCCUGGACGGCUCCGCCUCCCCCGGCAGUGAGGGGGAGGAGCCUGAGGAUGCCCCGCCCCCUCCUGACCACGCCCCUAAGGAGGCCACGCCCCCUUCAGCGCCGGCCACGCCCCCCGAAUCCGACAGCGACGGCGAGGACCAAUCAGAGGAGUUUGACCCCUACGGGGGCUCCACGGAGGAGAACAGCGAGGACGAGGAGGGGGAGGGUGGUCCAUACUGGUGCAGGACCCUGGCCCCGUACAUGACGGACUCGGUGACCCACGUGGUGACAGCGCAGGACUGGGACCCCGCCUUCGAGGAGGCCCUGGAGCUCCGCCCCUCUCUGACCUUCGUGCGCCCCCAUUGGCUGCUGCUCUGCGGGGAGCGCCAGCGCCCCCUGCCGGCCCAGCCCUUCGCUGUGGUGCCCCGCGAGUGACGUCAUCGUGACGUCAUCGUGACGUCAUCGUGACGUCAUCGCCCCGCCGGGGUCGGACGAAACGAUUUUGGGUGAAAAUAAAGAGAUUUUGGGUAAAAAAAUUCCAAGAGGUUUGGUCAAUCUAUGGGGGGGUGGGGCCCACUCCAAUGGGCGUUG